AUGUUCAGCCAACCUACCCUGGUGAACAAGUCCAGCCCACAUACCAUGGUGAAUAUGUCCAGCCUAUCUACCCUGGUGAACAUGUCCAGCCCACCUACCCAUAUGUACAUGUCCAGCCCACCUUCCCUGGUAAACAUGUCCAGCCCAUCUACCAUGGUGAACAUGUCCAGCCCACCAACCUUAAUAAACAUGUCCAGCACACCUACCCUGGAGAACAUGUCCAGCCAACCUGCCCUUGUGAACAUGUCCAGCCCACAUACCAUGGUGAACAUGUCCAGCCCACCUACCCUUGUGAACAUGUCCAUCUUACCUACCCUUAUGAACAUGUCCAGCCCACCUACCAUGGUAUAA